GUCUGGAGGGUGCUAUGCUAUGCGUGUGUGCGUGUGCGCGCGCGCGCGUGUGUGUGAGCGUGUGUGUUUUUGGAUUUCAUACUAAUUUUCUGGAGUUUCUGCCCCUGCUCUGCGUCAGCCCUCACGUCACUUCUCCAGCAGUAGCAGAGGCGGCGGCGGCGGCGGCCGCCGGUUAGAGCCCAGUCGCUGCUUCAGCUGCUGUUGCUGCUUCUGCAGCGCUCUGCUCCCUGCGCUUGCUACGGAAGGCCGGGGGAGCCGCGCGGACAGUCCUCGGUGGCCUGGGCCGGCACUGUCCUGCUACCGCAGUUGCUCCCCAGCCCUGAGGUGCGCACCGAUAUCGAUAUCCGAGCCGGUUUAGCGGUUCUGCGACCCAAAGAGUCCAGGGAGAUCCACGGAGUGGUGCCUGGCGUAUAGGACCAUGCAGCCGCCUUGUGGCUUGGAGCAGCGGCCCGCAAUGUCCCAGCCACUGUGAACCAUUUGGUCAGCGCCAACCUGCUCAGCCCCAGCACAGGCUCAGCCUCCUGUACGCUCCACUCCGCGGGAGGCCACCAGCACCAAGCAGCAAGAGGGCGCAGGGAAGGCCUCCCCCCUCCGGCGGGGGACGCCUGGCUCAGCGUAGGGACACGCACUCCGACUGACUGGCACUGGCAGCUCGGGAUGUCGCCCUGGCCGAGGUGGCAUGGACCCGCCAUGGCGCGGCUCUGGGGCUUAUGCCUGCUGGUCUUGGGCUUCUGGAGGGCCUCUCUCGCCUGCCCGACGUCCUGCAAAUGCAGUUCCGCUAGGAUUUGGUGUACUGAGCCUUCUCCAGGCAUCGUGGCAUUCCCGAGGUUGGAACCUAACAGCGUUGACCCGGAGAACAUCACGGAAAUUCUCAUUGCAAACCAGAAAAGGUUAGAAAUCAUCAAUGAAGAUGACGUUGAAGCUUACGUGGGGCUGAGAAACCUUACAAUUGUGGAUUCCGGCUUAAAGUUUGUGGCUUACAAAGCGUUUCUGAAAAACAGCCACCUGCGGCACAUAAAUUUCACACGAAACAAGCUGACGAGUUUGUCCAGGAGACAUUUCCGCCACCUUGACUUGUCUGACCUGAUCCUGACAGGUAAUCCAUUCACGUGCUCCUGCGACAUCAUGUGGCUCAAGACUCUCCAGGAGACUAAAUCCAGCCCCGACACUCAGGAUUUGUACUGCCUCAAUGAGAGCAGCAAGAACACGCCCCUGGCGAACCUGCAGAUACCCAAUUGUGGUCUGCCAUCUGCACGUCUGGCUGCUCCUAACCUCACCGUGGAGGAAGGAAAGUCUGUGACCCUUUCCUGCAGUGUGGGGGGUGACCCACUCCCCACCUUGUACUGGGACGUUGGGAAUUUGGUUUCCAAACACAUGAAUGAAACAAGCCACACACAGGGCUCCUUAAGGAUAACGAACAUUUCAUCUGAUGACAGUGGAAAGCAAAUCUCUUGUGUGGCAGAAAACCUUGUAGGAGAAGAUCAAGAUUCUGUCAACCUCACUGUGCAUUUUGCACCAACUAUCACGUUUCUCGAGUCUCCAACCUCAGACCACCACUGGUGCAUUCCAUUCACUGUGAGAGGCAACCCCAAGCCAGCGCUUCAGUGGUUCUACAAUGGGGCCAUACUGAAUGAGUCCAAGUACAUCUGUACCAAGAUCCACGUCACCAAUCACACGGAGUACCAUGGCUGCCUCCAGCUGGAUAACCCCACCCAUAUGAAUAACGGAGACUACACCCUGAUGGCCAAGAAUGAGUAUGGGAAGGACGAGAGACAGAUCUCCGCUCACUUCAUGGGCCGACCUGGAGUUGACUACGAGACAAACCCAAAUUACCCUGAAGUCCUCUAUGAAGACUGGACCACGCCAACUGACAUCGGGGAUACUACAAACAAAAGUAAUGAAAUCCCCUCCACGGAUGUUGCUGACCAAAGCAAUCGGGAGCAUCUCUCGGUCUAUGCCGUGGUGGUGAUUGCAUCUGUGGUGGGAUUCUGCCUGCUGGUGAUGUUGCUCCUGCUCAAGUUGGCGAGACAUUCCAAGUUUGGCAUGAAAGGCCCAGCUUCGGUCAUCAGCAACGACGAUGACUCUGCCAGCCCCCUCCACCACAUCUCCAAUGGGAGUAACACUCCAUCUUCUUCGGAGGGCGGUCCCGACGCUGUCAUUAUUGGAAUGACCAAGAUUCCUGUUAUUGAAAACCCCCAGUACUUUGGCAUCACCAACAGUCAGCUCAAGCCAGACACAUUUGUUCAGCACAUCAAGAGACACAACAUCGUUCUGAAGAGAGAGCUUGGGGAAGGAGCCUUCGGGAAAGUUUUCCUUGCCGAGUGCUACAACCUCUGCCCAGAGCAGGAUAAGAUCCUGGUGGCUGUGAAGACGCUGAAGGACGCCAGCGACAAUGCACGCAAGGACUUUCAUCGGGAAGCUGAGCUGCUGACCAACCUCCAGCAUGAGCACAUUGUCAAGUUCUACGGUGUCUGUGUGGAGGGUGACCCACUCAUCAUGGUCUUUGAGUACAUGAAGCACGGGGACCUCAACAAGUUCCUUAGGGCACACGGGCCCGAUGCAGUGCUAAUGGCAGAGGGUAACCCGCCCACAGAGCUGACGCAGUCGCAGAUGCUGCACAUCGCUCAGCAAAUCGCAGCAGGUAUGGUCUACCUGGCGUCCCAACACUUUGUGCACCGUGACCUGGCCACUCGGAACUGCCUGGUGGGAGAGAACCUGCUGGUGAAAAUUGGGGACUUUGGGAUGUCCCGAGAUGUGUACAGCACCGACUACUAUCGGGUCGGUGGCCACACAAUGUUGCCCAUCCGAUGGAUGCCUCCAGAGAGCAUCAUGUAUAGGAAAUUCACCACCGAGAGCGACGUCUGGAGCCUGGGCGUUGUGUUGUGGGAGAUCUUCACUUACGGCAAGCAGCCCUGGUAUCAGCUAUCGAACAAUGAGGUGAUAGAGUGCAUCACCCAGGGAAGAGUCCUUCAGCGGCCUCGAACCUGUCCCCAGGAGGUGUAUGAGCUCAUGCUCGGAUGCUGGCAGCGGGAACCACACACCAGGAAGAACAUCAAGAGCAUCCACACCCUCCUUCAGAACUUGGCCAAGGCAUCUCCCGUCUACCUGGAUAUCCUAGGCUAGGGUCCUCCUUCUGCCCAGACCGUCCUUCCCAAGGACCUCCUCAGACUGGCCUACACGACGAACCUCUUGACUGCCGCUGACGUCAUGACCUUGCUGUCCUUCGCUCUGACAGUGUUGACAGGACCAGGAGCGGCUCUCAGGGGGAGGCAGUGUGUGCUUCUCCAUCCACAGACAGUAUUAACUCGCUUCUGGCAUCGUCUCUUUCUCUCCCUUGGGUUUGUUUCUUUCUUUUGCCCCUUCCCCUUUUAUCAUUAUUUAUUUAUUUAUUUAUUUUCUGGUCUUCACUGCUUCACGGCCCUCAGUCUCUCCUUGACCAAUCUGGCUUCUGCAUUCCUAUUAACUGUACAUAGACAAAGGCCUUAACAAACCUAAUUUGUUACAUCAGCAGACACUCCAGUUUGCCCACCACAACUAACAAUGCCUUGUUGUAUUCCUGCCUUUGACGUGGAUGAAAAAAAGGGAAAAAAAAAUCAAACAUCUGACUUAAGCCGUCACUUCCGAUGUACAGACGUGGGGCGUUUCUAUGGAUUCACUUCUAUUUAUUAUUUAUUAAUUUAUUUAUUUAUCACUCUUCUUAUUGUUUUCUGGUGGUUUUAGCCUAUGUGUGAAAAGGAAAAUUUGUGUACAAUCUGGGAAAACUUUGUGGGAAAUGAAAAUGAGAGCGAAAGAGAGAGAGAGAAAAAGAGAGAGAGAGAGAGAGAGAGAGAGAGAGAAGCUUUAC